UUAACCAGGAAACAUGCUGUGGGUAACCAAAUUAACCUGAUUUCCCUUCCUGUCAUCUAGUCACAGAGGUGUUUAUCCCUGGACCUGGCAGUGGGUCUGGGGAUGGCCAGACUAAACACUUCAUGCUCCUGUUUCCUAAACAACAGGGGCAUGAGGGGCUACUAUUCUGCUGGUCUGUAUGAACAGGUCACAGAGGCGAUAGGAGGCAACGGUUGGAGCGGUUUGGUUUCUAACAACUACCCUGACUCUGAGGGCUACCGUCGGUGGAAGGAAUCCCUGAAGGGCAUCCCUGCGAUUGUUAAAUUCUCCAUCAGACCACUUUCUGAUCUGGUGAGUGAUGAGGCAAAAAGUGGACUGGAAGAUGCUAUAAAUGAGUACAGAAGGGACAAGGACAUGACAUUUCCAGUCACAGAACGGUCCUGUAGCCGACCUACCCAUUACAGUGACUGCUGCCCCAAACAGCUGGGGAAGGGCUGGCUAAGGGUGACCAUUUUCCGAGGCUGGGAUCUGAUUGGAGAUGUAUUUAGCGUCACUAAUGGGUAUUACAUUGUGAUAUCACACAGUCAAAAAUUCUACAGGACCCAAAGUAUUGAGUCAGACAACCCUCGGUGGGACGAGGAGUACGAUCUGGGUUCGGUGGACAUUGGACAGGAACUGAAGCUUGAGCUCAAAGAUGAUAAUCCGUUCCGGCAGGAGCUGCUGUUGUCGUGUUCAUGGAUUGUGAAGGUGGGGUCAUACACUUUGACCUGCAGCGGCUCGAGCAGCACCUUCAAAGCAAAAUAUACCCUCUACUGUGGCCCCCACCUCACAGGGGACAACUGUGACAUAUAUGAACCGUUCUGAGAAAUGAGCAUUUAUUCAGUUACAUGAAAUGCCACUUUUAUACUUAGAGAACAUUUCAGAACCUGGACUUCAUCACUUUUAUCACAGUAUAGAAGCAGUACUUUACCUUUUAUCACAGUAUCUGUAUUAAUACUGGAGGAAACUCUGUAUGCACGUCCUCUGAGAUGUAUCUGUUUGAUUCACACUAAAGUCUGAAGGUCUGCUUAUAGAAUGAAACUGGACUCAGGUUUGGAAGGUGUGUGGAAAAUAACAGACAAUAAAAAAUACAUGAAC